AUGUCGCCCACCAACUCUACCGCGUUCCCGCUCUCAGCUGCGCACGCCCGGGCUUUGUCCCCCGCAAUUGCGGCACUCUCCCUCACGUCCUCGCCUGCUGCCACAGACGAGGAUCGCGAAAGAGUGGCCACCUCGAUUCGCCGCCACGCGUACGAGAAGGCAGUCACGGUGACGGAUUUGUGUCACACAAUUCCGAACAACUACCGUGACGCCCUGAGCGCGGACGUCCACUGGACGGCCGAGAUCACUGAAAAGUUGGUCGCCGCUCGGUCGAGCCUCCGCAAGCUCGAGUCUGCCCUGGCAGACGGCAAAACCCCUCCGCACCUUCUUAUGAAAGUGCCCGAACUCCAAGCUUGCAAGGAGUUUCGGACGGACGGAACCCUCGCGUCGUAUGACAACGAGGUCCGGGCCUCCGUCGCCGCUGGUCAGAAGGCGGUGAUGGAGGCGGCUAUCUCAGCCAAGAAAGCCGAGAUCAGCUUCCUGGAGGGUCGCAUCGACCCGAAGUUUAUCUUCGAGCGGUACAAAGACUCCGUCGCUAAGCGAUGGGCCGAUGUCCGCGCACGUUCUAAAGUACCCGUUACGUCGUAUCGAAACGCCGAGGGGAAACCCUGCACCAUCGAGCAUGCAGCGGGGGUGCACGUGGAUAAAUGGGAGGUUGAUCCCUCAGUCCUAUCAGAGUUUAACUACCUGAUCAGUGACCUGUACCCGAUCGCUCGUCGCUGCAUCACCAUCGUCGAGAUGCGCGACUUCGCAAUGCAAGCGAAGAUCGAGAAGAAGAAGGCCACUGAGAAGUCGGCUGACGUCGAGAUGGCCGACGCGACCAAACCCGGUCCGUCGAUCCAGAGCCUGGUAGACAAAGCUGUCGCCGGGCGCGUCAAGCCGCUUGAGGGGAAGCUGAACAAGCUCUCGGUCAAGGGCGGCAAGACCCUCAACAAGAACCUCGUCGUGCGAAAGACCGUCGCGAAGGCGUCGACCAAGAAGUCGACGGGCCCCAAGCCGGGGCCUUCGAAGAAGACCACCCCCAAGCCGAGCGGCGGGAAGGACCCCAAGGGCAAGCGAAAGGCCGGUACGUAUUCGGCCGCCCUCGCACCCUUCCCGACGCCGUAUUAA